AGUGAAGCAACCAGUGGUCAAUGACAUCCCUUUCCUGUCAAAGCAUGUAUUCAUUUAUAUUCAAAUUGUUUUCAAUUGUAUUUGAAAAACAUCUAUAAAUCCGAUUGAAGAGAGAAAUGGGAUAAACGAGAUAUGAAUGGACUUUGGGUAUCAAUAAUGGCCAUAAAAUGACAGAAAAUAAACGCAAACCCAAACCAUCGAGUUUUAAAGGGCGGAUCACAAAACACAACAAAUUUGUGAGAGAUAUCGUGCGAGAAGUGUGUGGUUUCGCUCUUAACACAAUCCGUCAGAAGUUUUCUGAUCAAAAAGAUAUUGUGCGAGAAGUAUGUGGUUUCGCUCCCUAUGAGGACGAGUUGUCCAACGUUUUGGUCCGACAGACCGGCGCCGCCGGCGGCCGCCGCUGCACACAAGUGAUAGCG